AUGCCUCUGUCCUCCGUGGCUGGUGGCCUCGCCCGCGUCGGCGCCUGGAUUGUCUCGGACAAGGCGUGGGGCCUUGCGGAGAGCACCCUCGGCAACGCGACCGAGUGCGCGGUCGCGUACGGGCUUGUCGGCUCGCUGAAGUGGGGAGCCGCCCUGCUCUCCAUCGCGCCCUUCUUCCUCGGUGUCUUCGUCGGACGGCAGCGGUUCGAUAUCCAGUGGCGCGGCGGCGAGAGCAUGCAGGCCCGCAUCGCGAUCGCGCCGUGCACUCCGACCGACUAUCGGGAAGUGACGAGUCUGGAUCCGAGCGAGAAGGCCGAGGAGGACGGGAGGUUGUGGUAUAUGGCGACGCCCGACGGAGACGCCUACCCGCACGAGCUGACGGCCCAGGCAUUGCGUAUCAUCGUGCCGUACGAUAUGAGGGAUCGGAGGCAGCUGGUCAACCGAGAGGGGGCCAACCCCGUGGGCGUCGGCACGUACGGCAGGGACUGGGUGAUGAGCCCCGCGGCCUUCGCGCUGCAGUUGCGCUUCGUGUUGGGGCAGUCGCUCGACGAGGUGCUGGAGACGGCGGCGUCGGCGGAUGGGGCCCCCGAGGAGCCCGAGGCGGAGGCGAGGCCAGCGGCGGCGAGAGCGCCUUCAGGAUCGGCCUUGGCCUCGGCGGAGAUUCCGACUGAGUGGGGCUCUGGCCGCGGGCGCCUCCCAGACCCCUCGCCGUCGCGUUGGCGAUGCAUCGCUUCGAGCGACGGCGGGGGGAAGGGCUUGCUGCCCGACGAGGACCUGGACGCCUUCGUGAUCGCGUCGGGGUUCGGCAUGGCGAUGAAGGGGGGCCGCACGAUGCUGGUGCGGGCUCUUCCCCCCGACGGUGGGGACGAGCUCGACGCGCGCGUCCUCGCGCUGCGGGCCAACGCCACGGAGCGCUUCCUCGGGAUGCGUGAGGCCGCGGGGGAGCUCACCGAGACGCAGUGGGAGUUCUUCCCGAUCAACGGGCCCCGCACCGUGAAGUGGGUGUGCGAGUUCGUGCGCGAGAAUGACGUGACCUUCAGGUCUCGGCGCGCCAAGUUCAAAGCCGAGACGGGGCUGUCGUCGUCGGACCAGGACGUCUCCGUCCACGAGCUCUGCUGCCGCAUCAUGCAUCUGCUGCUGACCUACGACCAGCUCAAUGCCAGCGAGCUGUCGUGUGCAGAACUGGUGUGUCGUCGACUCCAGAUGGCCGAGUACCGCCAUCGCGAGAGGGUUCUCACGACCUCUCGAGGUGACGAGCUGCUCGAGGACUCACACUUGUACCUCGGGACGGGCGAGACCCGCGGGUUGGUCUGCAUCUCGCCGAAGCUGCUCACGUUCGUGACGGAUGAGCUCCACAAGGAGAGCCUCGUUCUCAAGGAGCGGCGGAAGCUGAAGGAGGAGCGGAUGGCCUCGCGGGGUGAUGACGGACACGGCGGCGGUGGCGGUGGUGACGGCAAGGCGCGCCUCUCAGGGAUGCAGAGCACCGUUGAUCGCCAGAAGUCGGAGAUCGAGAAGUUGAAGAAGCAGCUGGCGGCUGCACCCAGGGCG